AUGGAAGAAACUCCUAUACAAAGUUCUUUUCACGAGUUCGAGUGUGCUUGAAUAAUUUCUCAUCUUUGAAAAGAUCAAGCUCUAUUUCCUACAAAGCUUUCUCUAUUAGAUACUCUUCUGGCUGAUCGCAGUUCCUCGAUGGGUAUGAAAUGAUACUAUACUGAUUCCAAAGGAUUUAUAAGAAAAAGAUCUGAUGAUUUAACAAAACUCGAUAUUUUAUUAUCACGUUUCACAGGGGAACCUCUACCAAAAAAAGCUCCUUUGAAUUUAAUUUCUCCGCAUCAUAACCUAGAUAACUAUAAUGGGAUAGUUGCAACUUAUAUUUCUCACAACCAAAUGCAGCCUCUUUUAAAAAGUUUAGCCAUUUCAAAAAUCGCAGGAGGCGGCUUGGGCACCUCAGAAGCUAUUCAGCUGUUUAUCAAAACUCGUGGAGAGCCAUCAAGUCGGCUGCUAGUUGAAUAUAAAAAAAGCGAUGGAAAAAGCUUAUAUACAUAUUACAAAACUUAUGAGCAGCAAGAAAAAGCAAUAAAAGUGCCAUUCAAUGGAAUAAAGUACCAAAGUGAUCUUAAAAAGAUGUGCGACUGCGCUAUCGAAGCAAUAGAAAAAAAUUCUGAAUAUAAAAUUCAAAAAAUUAUUUUAUGUUUUUUGGAAGACGAAAAUAGGAAUUUAUGAUUAGUUGGAAGCAAAUACUGCUUAGCGCAAAAAGUUAUCACAGUGAAAAAUAGCUCUGCUGAAGUAUCAAAAGACGCUCUGUCUCCUGGAUCAAGAAGUCCAGCUUUGAGCAUUUUUAAUUCUCUUGCCACACCGAAAGGGAAUUUUUCAUUUAUGUCGAAAAAUGUUACAUACAACAUGCAGAAAAAUCGUAUAUUUAGAAAUAACAAAAAGCCAUGCCCAGGAGAUUUUUGUAAUUAUAUAAUUAAGAGUGAAGCGCAAAUUGAAAAAAGCGACACUGAAAUCGAAGAUCUUUUUACUGAAGUUCGCAAGCUCUAUCAGGGAGGAAGAGAAAAAGAAAUUAGCAACGUGAAAUUGUCAUUGAGAGUUGAAUAUUUAUUAAAAGAAAGAAAUAAGAAAAAGGCUCGAGAAAAUAAAAAUGAAAUUCCAUAUAAAUUGCUUAUGAAAGGAAAAGAGCUUUUAGAAUUGGCUGAUGUGGGAUCUGAUCAAACACAUUUAGUGGAGCUAAAAGUUGACGAGCUGCUUGAAACUUUGAAUAUUUUAGAAAAAAACGAAAAAUCUGCCAUUCCAAGACACAUUUCUCGAUAUUAUGACACUGUGCAUGUUUGUGAUAGAUGCUAUGAAGUUUAUAAAAUUAUGAAGACUAAGCUGCCUCCCGAUUCAUGAGUUGAAAAAAUGAGUUCAAAUAAUUCAGUAUCAAUAAAAUACACAGAAAAUAAUACAUCACAGCACGUUUCUUCAGUUUCUAACCUGCCUUCUCCUAAAUCCUCAUAUAGAUCCAAAAAAUCAUUACAUACUCAUGGAUAUAGUGCAGGCUCAAUUCCAAGGCAAUCAACUGAAUUCAAUCGCUUAAAUUCUCCGAAUUCUUCUAUUAACAGUAUCGAUGCGAACAAUAUCGAUGACCUUCUCGGAGAUAUGCAAUUAGCUUUGCUUCAAAUAAAAACUAAAAAUCAAAAUCUCAUAAAAAAAGAAAAAUUCUCUGAAAUCAUAAAAAAAGCCAGCCAAUUACACAAAAAAUCGGCGCCAAGAAUCAAAAAAAUCCCAACUUUUGGCCCAAAAAGAUUUUCAGAGUCAAAUACUGAAGCAUUAAUUUUGAGUCUUUUUCCUGAUGCGAAUGCUGAUUUUAAUAGAAGACCUGAAUCCAAAGUGCAAUGGCUUUCAUAUUUAGAGAAACUUAAAUGCCAAUCAUUUGGACAGUAA